UUAGCUACAAUAACGACCAUUUCCAUAUAGUACUACUGCAGAGUCUUCUGAGUGGCAUCCCUGGCCUUGCAGGCACUAGCUAGCAGCUAGUCUAGUCAGUGUGUGCAUUCAUUCAAGAUGAUGAGAUCAGUUUCCUUUGUGGACAGGCUUGAACUGGACUUUUCUGGUAACCAUUUUUCAGAUGCCCUAGCCCUUGGAGAUGUGGAUGCUGAUGGAGUGAAUGAGCUGGUGAUAGGCAAUGUGGAUGGUGUGUUGGCUGUGUUCAAGGGACCCUCCACCACACCUCUCAAGAAAUGCUCUGGACUAGGCACGAUAGUGUGUGUGGGGAUUGGAGAUGUCCUGAAUACUGGCAAGAAUGUGGUUGUGUGUGUCAACUCUGACGGAGAGUGCAGCCUCUUUGAUAUCACCACUCCCUCCACACCGGUACAUUAUCACACUCCCUCCACACCGGGUUUAUCAAAGGCCGGUGUAUCAUCUAGUCCAGAGCAACAGAGGCGAGGAGGGCACAAGUCUAUGAGGGCACUCCAUUCACAAUCACUCUCCACACCCAAUGUCAAGACACUCUGUGUUGCCCCUCUCAGUAGUGAGGGUGACUGUGAUCUGUUGUUGGGUCAUACUGAUCGUUGUGUGUCAGUCUACCGGUGGAGUCAAGGCUCUAAAGCACUGUGCCUCCUGCAUACAGCCUCUCUCUCAGGCCAGGUAGGCUCAUUGUCUGUCUCUAGUCAGAGCUCUCAACUGUUGGUCUCACAGCCAGGAGGCACUUACCUUCCUCUGGCCAUUAACCUAGAGGGUGAACUGGAAUCAAGGGAUCUGAUUGGUCAACCACAGAGGCGUAAUCCAACAUCCUCCACAUCUCUAGUGGCUAACAUAGUUGAGACUGUUGAGGACUCUGAUGAUAUUGUGGCCCUGUGUACUCUAGAUGGUACUGUGAGGAUGGUGAGGGGUGGGGUUAAGCAAUGGGAGCUGCAAGUCGACCAUAGCCUCUUCUCUAUACAACGAUUGGACAUCACUGGCAGUGGAUGUGAUGAGAUAGUGACCUGUGCCUGGGAUGGCAUGACCUAUGUUGUGGACUUGAACAGAAAUAUUGUCCGCUACAAGUUUGAACAGAAUGUGACAGCCUUUGCAGCAGGUUGCUAUGGACUGGAGGCUAGCAACGAGCCUUGUCUAGUCUACACCACCUUCUCAAACAGAGUCUACAUUUACCACAAUAUUCAAUUACCCGCUGUUCCAUCCUUCAAUCUGGUCACAGCUAGACUGGACACAGAGGAGGGCUGGGACGACGAAACAAAACAAAGAACGUUCAGAGACAUUUUGUAUAGGCAGAAACAAGAGUGAUACAGUGUGAAAAAUUUUUUAUGCAUUGUUUCUGGUAA